AUGGAUGAAGAGGAGAUUAUUCAACCCGAUGAGGUCUAUCCCCUUAAGAAGAAGGAUGAUUCCAUUAUUCUUAUUGAUGAUGAUGUUCAGAACACAAUGGACCUAUCUGAACACAACUCUGCACCAGAUAUGGAGCCCCCAGCAAUCACUAAUGUACAGGGUACCGGACUGACAGGCUUGUCAGACCUGUCAGUCCGGCCCCUGCGGCCCCGCCGGUGGCCCCUCCAUCCUUUUCUGGCUCCCUGCGCCUCCGAUUUCCGGCCCCUACCACCAAUGUCUUCUCCUCGCCGCCCGACACCCUCUGGCGGCCCUGCUGCUCUUCGGCCGCCGCUUCGCAGCAGCCCAGCCUCCUUGACCGCUGCUACUCCCUAUGCUCGUUGCCUUCUGCACCGCCGCCACCAGAAGCUUUCCCUGCCGCCGCCUACGGCCCCAGCUCCCCGCUCAGCCUGCAGCCCGUCGCCAUGCGGCCUCCGCCCUAGCCCCCGCCACUCAGCUCCUGACCGCUGCUCCUCUCCCCAACCGCCGCCCUGCAGCUCCUGGCCGUCGCUCAGUCCCCGGCCGCCGCUCAGCUCCCCGGCCUACCGCCCACGCCCGACCGCCGUGCCGUCCGACCCUGACUUGCUCCGCCUAGCCAUCGGGGACGCUCCGCCCUGCCACCGGAGCUCCACCCGGCCACCACCGGAGCGUCGCUCCCUGGCCACCGGACCACCCACUGGCCACCAGACCCCUUUUUUGGCUCUUUCAGGGGGGGAUUUGUCAAAGUGA